AUGCCGACAUCAAAGACGAAGAUGUAUCUGUUGGUAGCAUUGACGAAGAUGGCAACUGCAUCAUUGUCGAAGUGGAUGAAUCCAAGUUUGGGAAGCGUAAAAGCCACAAAGGCCAUCGUGGUGAAGCGAAAUUCGAACAGACUGUUGGAAGGGGUACAAUGGUCUCGCACGUAUUCUUGGCAAACGCUACGCCAUGAGACUGUCAACCACGCCAAGGAGUUCAAGACUGCAGCUGGUGUUCAUACAAAUACCAUCGAAGGAACCUGGAAUGGCAUCAAGUCCAUUAUUAAGGCCCGCCACAGAACAGCUCCGAUCAUGAAUUAUCGUCUUGCCGAGUUCAUUUUCCGUCGCAAGCAUGCUGGGGACUUCUGGGGUGGCAUUAUCAAGGCAUUAAAAGAAGUAUCCUUUGACAAGGUUACUUCUUCGGAUGAUAUAGAUGAAGAAUUCAUCUAUACAGAGGUCAAACGGGAACGUAGCGAUUUGGAUCACGAUGAUUCGGAGUUCAAUGAUAAUACGCAAUGGGAAACCGAUACCGAGGAUGAUGAUGACACAUCAGGUGAAUACACAGCUGACUCUCAUAGAAAACGCCCUAGAGGCCAAUGA